GAUUUGUGUAAGACUCCCAUCAUCUCUUGCAGUAAUCAAAAAUUAUGAAGAAGAGUACAAGCACCAGUAAAUGGGUGUUGGCUUUAAAUGCCACAUCUCUUGGCCUUAAUACUCUUCCAAGUUGUGUAUGUCUAGCAGAUCUUCAUGGUGAUGGUGAUUAUAAAUUAGUAAUUGGUGAUUUUGGUACUGAAAAAUACGAUAUCCGAUUGAAAGUCUUUCGAGGUUUACAAGUGAUUGGUGAAAAUGUCCUCAGCGAUUUACCAUCUGCCUUAGUAUCAUUCAAUAAUGAAAAUGUACAACCCAAUUUAUCAUCUUUAGCAGUAGCCUGUGGUCCAGCAAUUCUAAUUUAUAAAAAUUUGAAACCAUUUUACAAAUUCAUACCGCCAUCAUUAGAAAUAAACAAAGAUGAAGCAGAAGCUUGGCGACAUGUUGAAGCUGGUCAUAUCAAUGCAAUACAACUCCAUGCUGUACUUGUAAAAUUACUUCAACAGCUUGGUGGCAUGGAAUUGACAACUCGUUCGCAAGCAUUUCUAAGUAGCAAAGAAAAAGAUCGUGAAAGUACACUUCAGCAAUGCUUAAAUAGUAAACUGGUUCAUCAAAGUACCAUAACCUGUAUGACAACAAUAAAACGAUCCUCCGCAGAACUCAAUGCUGUCGAUUGCAUCAUUUGCGCCACCGAAUAUGGAUAUGUUUAUUGUAUCGAUACACAAGCAUUUACCAUUUUGAUACAGUAUAAAAUACCGGGAAUUCCUGUGUUUCUAUAUGCUGCAGGUUUGUAUGAAGUAGACUAUCGAAUAUUUGUAAGUACAAGAGAUGCAGAAAUUUUCAGUAUCAAACGAGAUAUAAAAUCAGUGUUAAAUCCAAUUAUCACUAUGACAGCUGAUAUCAUCGGUAUGGCACGCGUUGGCAAACAGUUAGCGGUAGCAUGCACCGAUCAGACGAUAUCGUUUUUUGCCGCAAAUGGAAAAUGUCGAAAUAAAAUAAAACUGGACGAAACCAUAUGUGGUAUUGAUACUUUCACCUAUGAACCUAAACAAUACGUUGCUCUGUUAGUUGCGCUGAAGAAAGAGGUGAGGAUUUAUGAUGAAACAUCAUUACUAGAUCAAGAGAAAGUUGAUCAACUCAUAAACUGGAUCAAAUAUGGACAGUUUGGACGUGAGGAAGGUGCAUUGAUUAUUGGGACAGUAGAUGGUGGCCUGAUUGUGAAGAUUUUCCGUCGAACAGGAACAUUGGAAGAGAAAAUUGGAGAGAUUGGUGCUGUACAAGCACAAUUUCGUAAAUUAAACAUACCACGUAGGACGCAAAUUUAUGUCGACCAAACAAUUCGUGAACGUGAACACGCGCAACUUAUGCAUCAGGUUUUUCAAAGAGACUUAUUUAUGCUACGACUAGCAGUUACUAAAGCAUUCGCAAAUUUAACACAAAAUUCAUUGGAUUCAAUUUCGACAAAAAAAAAUGAAGCAGUGAAAAUAUCUGUAGAAAUUAAUGGUUUUGGACCAAUCUUUCGGAUGAUUAUUAAACUUCAAGCUAAUUCCCAGCCAGCUCUCCAGCAUCUUUACUUGAUGUUUCACUACAAUCAGGAAUUGUAUGAAUUUGAGGAUUCAUUGAUUCCUGUCCCAGCAUUGGUAUCUGGAAUGACGUAUGUAUUUUACAUUAUUAUACGUUGUCUGAAUCCGGAAAAGGGUAUCUCGGAUGAUGUCCGGAUACUUUUAGUUGAUCGCUGCAAGGUAAUCGUUGCUGCAUUGGUUACCAUGCCUGUUAGCGAAAUGAGCUUACUGGAUUAG